AUGUGCCGCUGGCUCGUCUACUGCAGCGCCGAGCCCAUCGUGCUCGCGGACCUCGUGCUCAACAGCCACCACAGCAUCGUGCGCCAGUCCUUCUCCGGCGGGUUCCACCCCGACUGCAGCGACAAGAACAACAUGCGCAUGAACGCCGACGGCUUCGGCCUCGGCUGGUACGGCCUCCGCGAGAGCGGCGCGUCGGCGGCGAUCUUCCGGAGCAUCACGCCCGCGUGGAGCUGUGCGUGGAGCAACCGGAAUUUGCGGGAGCUCGCGGGCGUCGUGAGCAGCCGGUGCUGCUUCGCCCACGUGCGCGCCGCGACGCCCGGCUCCGUCGUCUCCGAGGAGAACACGCACCCCUUCCGCUACGGGCGCCUCCUCUUCCAGCACAACGGCCACAUCGAGGGCUUCGCGCGCGUGAAGCGGCGGCUCAUCGAGAAGCUCCCGGACGGGCUGCUCGCGUGGGUCGACGGCUCGACGGACUCCGAGUACUGCUUCGCCCUGCUCCUGGCGCAGCUCGAGCGGCCCGACCGCGCGGACCGCUUCCCCGUCGCGGAGCUCGAGUUCGCGGUGCUGCGGACGCUCGCGAUCCUCAAGGCGCUCGGCGACGACGAGCGCAUCGUCGACGGCUUCUCGACGUGCAACUUCGCCCUCGCGGACGGCGCGUCCGUCGUCAUCACGCGCUAC